GCAAACACCUGGACAUAGCAAAGUUUAUGAUCGCUUUACGAAAAAUAAAUCCUCCUCCACCACCUCCCAAUGAUGUAAUUAAUAUUGGGCCAUCAUUAGAUUUUCUAACUAGCUUAGAACAUAAUAACGAUAUGCCAAUCUUAGACCUUUUGCACAAAACAGUUUUCUUUAUUGCUCUAGAAUCAGCGUGUAGACCAAGCGACUUUCAAAGGAUAGAACUAAAAUCUCUCCAAAAAUUAGAAUCAGGA